CUUCCUUUCCUCCUCUGCUCGCUUUCAUUUUGUCACAAAUUGAUUUUGAAAUGUUACCCAUGAAUGUUUUGAUUGGGUUUUAUGUGAACGAGAUUGCAUUUUACAAUCCUAAUUGUUCUGUAUGAGCUUAAAGGACCUUCCUUUCCCCCUGUGCUCGCUUUCAAUCUGUCAUAGAUUGAUUUUGAAAUGUUACCUAUGAAUGUUUUGAUUGGGGUUUGAGUAUCUUUACUGUCAUAUAGGAGGAUUAAACAGCUCUUGGAUAAUCCUUUAACGUCUAUUUCAUUAUAAUACACUUCAAAAGUUAUGAAAAUUUGAAUAAUAAGAUCAUGUUUUAGUUGAGGUGCAAAUUUACAUGAUAUUUGCCAAAUAGUUCAAAUUAGUUCGUAAAAGUGAAAUUGGUUUUCCAGGUUCCAAAUAAAAUGGAAUUCUGGUGUUAGACAUGUGUCCGUGUGUGGAGAAUGUAGCUAGAGGUAGAAGUGGGCAUAGGUUGGACUUCAUGAAAUGUUUGAUAAUAUGAAAUUCCUAGAACCACCGUGAAAGCAUGCGUGUCCUUGUCUUUUUUAUAUCCUUACUUUACUUCUUUUUAUGAUUUGAGAAAAUAUGCAAGGUCUGAUAAUUAAUGUCAGUUUAAACUUGUUCUUCAUCAAUAGUCUUAAGAUCCAUAGUUUAAUGUGGAUUACUAAUCCAGUCGUCCUUGCUUGAAUGCUCUUGUUAUUGAGGUAGUAGAUUGAUUGGUACUGGUUAUUGUCAUUAUUUUUCAUCGUAGACUUUUUUCCAUCUUAAUUUUCAGGUCAAAUCCAUUUGCUUUCUAUAGUGUGAAUCUAUCUGCUGUUGGUGAUUUUUGAGUUCAGAUGAGAACAGUUUCAAUGUGCUUCUCUUCUUUUUCGCAAGUUCCCAGAUGCAGAAUUUAUAACUUAGCUCAUUUUUGGAGUGAACGUUUCCACAAUUUGAGUAGGACUUGUGGAUACAAUUCUAGCUCUAAGAUAUAUGAUUCCAAAAUUUAUAUGCUUGAUGGAGGAAACAGUAGGAAAUGGACUAGAAGAUCUGUAACUACAAACACACAAGGAAGAAACAAAAGUGGCCAGUGCAGUGAUCCCAGAAAACUUAGGCAAGAAAUUUUGGAUGUAACGGUUUCAACAAGUGCUACUCUGAAUUUAAAUAAAAUUGAAACAAGUCAAUACCAACAGAUUCAACACAUUGACAUUCGACAAUUGAUUGCUCAGAAUAAAGAUUUAGCCAGCUUAGUGACAGUUAUUGUUUUUGAUACUGAGACUACCGGGUUUAGCAGAGAGAGAGAUCAUAUCAUAGAGAUUGCACUUCAAGAUCUUCAAGGGGGUGAAAACAGUACUUUCCAGACAUUGGUAAACCCUGAAUGCAGAGUUCUAAAUUCACACAUUCAUGGAAUUACAACAAAUAUGGUCAACAGACCUGAUGUUCCGAGGAUGGAGGACCUAAUACCAAUCUUACUCAAGUAUGUCAAAAGCCGUCAAAAACCGGGAGGCUGUGUGUUGUUUGUUGCUCACAAUGCUCGUACUUUUGAUGUACCCUUUCUUUGUAAUGCGUUCCGGCGUUGUGGUGUAGAUAUUCCUUCGGAUUGGCUAUUUAAGGAUACCCUUCCUAUGGGACGUGAAGCAAUGAAGUCUGAAGGAUCAAAGCCUUCUUCAAGAAGCAUAUCAUUGCAAGCCCUUCGUGAGCACCUUGGGAUUCCAUUGGAUGGUUCAGCUCACAGAGCCAUGUCAGAUGUGAAGGUGCUGGCAGCAGUUUUUCAAAGGUUGACUUAUAUGCUGAAACUCCCGCUUGCUAGCCUUGUUGAAGAUGCUUUCACAGCCUCAGAAAUUGGCACUCCAAAGAAGAAGAGUUCCAGAUAGACAUGCUUCUUCUCAGCAGCACUGAAAUGUAUUAUUGUAACCAAUAAUCAAAUGAUCCAGUGGCAUGGGAUGCCUCUUGCAGAGCUUGAGGUCCGAGUUGUAGAUUCCUCUGAA